AGCUGGGAGAGGAGGAGCCUGUGGGGUGUGGGACUCUAGACAAAGGAGACAUAUACACACUGACACUGGAUCACUAGAGCGCAAGGAGACGCAGACAGCUGGAGACAAUCUUCAACUCCUGGAAUACUUUGUUGUGUUUCGGAAAACUUGUCAAAAAAAAAAGGAAUCCUGUCAGCUGUACGGAUCCGCGUGUGAGCUGAGAGAUGUUUGUGUUGAGGAGCUGGUCGCCAUACGCUGCCUGUAGUGUGCAGAAGUGUGUGUGUUAGUAUGUUUGGGAUGGAAAAGUGGGGCUGGCACGACCAACAGCUCUGCUCUUAGCUCUACGCCAUGGGGGGUUGCCAUAGUUACCCCUCAGCUACAAAGACAGACGGCACGGCUCUGCAGCCUUCUGACAUCAACGAUGAAAAACUGGGAAUUAACAACAAUAAUCUGGAGGAGCGUCCGUAUCUCCAGCAGCAGUACGUGUGUCAGCGGGUCACACACACAGACAUGUUCACCCUCACAGCGCUGCCGCCUGGUGUCGAUAAGGCAGAGUGGCUUGCCAGCAACACGGUGGCAUUUUUCAAGCACAUAAACCUGUUCUCCAGUGCGCUGUCCGAGUUCUGCACCCCCAGCACCUGCCCGACUGCAUGCGGACCGGGCAACACAGUUUAUGUCUGGACCGACGACCAUGGCAGGAAGCUGAAGUGCUCCGCUCCACUUUACUUUGACUACGCCAUGUCAUACAUUCAGGAGCUACUGACUGACGAAGACGUGUUCCCCACGAAAGCAGGUGCAGCAUUUCCGACUGGCUUUGUCUUUCUAGUCCAGAAGGUGUUUCUGCUGUUAUUCAGGACUCUGGCUCACAUUUACUGGUCUCACUACAGAGAGACACUCGCUCUGGGUCUGCACCCACACCUAAACACGCUCUUCACACACCUCACGCUCUUCUGCCGGCAGCAUGCACUUCUGGAGCCAGAAGACACCGAGCCGCUGCAGGACCUCAUCACCGCUCUGGGACAGCAAGGAGAAACCUAAAGAAACACACACAUUUAUUGUACACCUUUUUUUCACACAUUUAUUUACUUGUUAUAGCUGAUUACAAAGCUAUUUACUUUCAUCUCUCUGGGCCAAACUUAUACUUCACAGUAUGGAUUUUUUUUAAAGAAGGUCUGGAAGUUGUAAAAGAAGCUGUUUAUGAACAGCAUGAGGGAAAAUGAAUGAGUCUGUUUUGCUUUAAGAAGCAGUGAAUCAGACCGCACAACAGUAUCUGACUCUUGUUGUAUAUCGCUUUCAUCAGUUAUGGUGAUAUUGUGUGAAACUGUAUUGUUGCAUGUUUGUGUAUUUUAACAUAAUAGUGCAUUUUUCUAUCUCAAUUAUGUCAAGAUCUUUAAGGUCAUUCAAGUCUUCCACAUACACUUAACACAAUAAAAAAAACGUCCUCAGAUGUAUUUUCCCAAGUGUAAAUAUAAAUUAAAUGUGCCAUUGCUGCAUGCUGAACAUGUGCAAACCCCAUAACAUGAUGUGUUGACGCAAAAUGUGAUUACAUUGUCGAGACUGAACGGUAUAUUCUUCAUGUAUAUGGACUUGCUCAGCUUGACUCCACAGCUUUUUGUAUGUAUGAAUCUGUACUCUGCAAUAAACAUUUGUGACAAUUUUCUGUAUAUUGUAGAUUAAAAAAAAGUUUUCAAGCU